CCCCUGUCCCCUUCCGAGAUAUCUUCCCCAUCUACGACGGAGACUCCCCCCCCCUCUCCCUUCCUCACCAUGCUUGACAUCAACCUUCUUCGUGCCGACAAGGGCGGCAACCCCGAGCUCGUCAAGGAGUGGCAGCGCAAGCGCGGCAAGGACGUCAACGAGGUUGACGCCAUCAUCGAGCUUGACACCAAGUGGAUCUCCCUUCGCUACGAUGUUGACCAGUUCAACAAGCAGAUCAACGCCGUCCAGAAGAAGAUCGGUGCCGCCAUGAAGGCCAAGGAGGCUUGCGAUGAGCUCCUCGAGGAGAAGAAGUCUCUCGAGGCUCAGCGUGCCGAUGUCACCACCAACAUGAACGACACCCAGACCGAGCUGAACCGCCGCCUCAAGGCCCUCGGCAACAUGGUCCACGAUACCGUCCCCGAUUCGCAGACCGAGGAUGACAACGUCAUGGAGCGUUUCUGGCCCGAGGAGCUCAAGGAGGGCACCCGUCGUGAGGACUUCCUCUUCCACUUCGAGGUUCUCGAGCGCCUGGACGGCUAUGACCCGGAGCGCGGCCAGAAGAUCGCCGGUCACCGUGGGUACUUCCUCAAGAACUGGGGUGUCAUCCUGAACCAGGCCCUCAUCAACUAUGGCAUUGCCUUCCUGCGCAAGCGCCAGUACGACAUCCUGCAGACUCCCUUCAUGAUGAACCAGGAUAUCAUGGCCGAGACUGCCCAGCUGGAGGAGUUCGACGAGGCCCUCUACAAGAUCACCGGUGCCGGUGCCGACAAGUACCUGAUCGCCACCUCCGAGCAGCCGAUCUCCGCCUACCAUCGUGGUGAGUGGCUCGAGCCCAAGUCCCUCCCCCUGCGUUACGGUGGUGUGUCCACCUGCUUCCGCAAGGAGGCCGGCGCUCACGGCAAGGACACCUGGGGCAUCUUCCGCGUGCACCAGUUCGAGAAGGUCGAGCAGUUCAUCUUCUGCGCCCCGGACAAGUCCUGGGAGAUGUUCGACGAGAUGAUCGGCUCCGCCGAGGAGUUCUACCAGUCUCUGGAGAUCCCCUACCGCGUGGUCAACAUCGCCUCCGGCGCCCUGAACAACGCCGCUGCCAAGAAGCUCGAUCUUGAGGCCUGGUUCCCGGCCUUCGGCGCCUACCGCGAGCUUGUGUCCUGCUCCAACUGCACUGACUACCAGUCCCGCAACCUGGAGAUCCGUUACGGCAACAAGACCAUGCACGGCAAGGACAAGGUCUACGUUCACUGCCUGAACGCCACCCUGACUGCCACCGAGCGCACCCUGUGCUGCCUGCUCGAGAACUACCAGACCCCGGAGGGCCUGCGCGUCCCGACCGUCCUGCAGCCCUUCGUCGGUGUGGACUUCAUCCCCUACGUGAAGCCCCUCCUGAAGAAGCGCCAGCUCACCGAGCUUGCCACCGCCCCGGCCCCCACCAACUAAGUGUAUGCCUGUGAGUGUAUGUGUGGGUGUUUUCCCCUGGCCCACCACAUGCCCAUGUGCAUGCUGCUAGCCUGUGCACACAAGGGCCGAGAGGAGAUCCUUCUCCGGGCUGGCCCUGGCGCCCCCUUUCUCCGUUUGUAUGCACCCCGGGUGCCGGACCACAGUGUAUGACACUGCCCGCCAGAACAGGUGGCGAGGGCAUCGGCAGGAGUAUAAACGCAUACACGCGCGGCCCCCUCGCCCCCCCCCCCCGC